AUGUCUGCGAGGAAAGAAGGAGGCGCAGACACAGAGCCUGGGAGGAGGAAGAAGACGGAUAAGAAGAGCAUGGAAUAUCUCAUAAAGAGUGGCCUGGCGGGGGGCUUCGCUGGAUGCGCUGCCAAAACCGUAGUCGGCCCCCUCGACCGAGUAAAAAUCCUCUUCCAAACCCGCAACCCAGAGUUUGCGAAAUACGCUGGUUCCUGGUCUGGAUUCCCCACUGCAAUCCGCGAUAUAUAUGCCAGCACCGGUGUGCGCGGGCUCUUCAAAGGUCACUCUGCAACACUUCUCCGUAUUUUCCCCUACGCCGGCAUCAAAUUCUUGGCCUACGAGCAAAUCCGCGGGCGCCUUAUAAAAACAAAGGCGCAAGAAACACCCGGCCGACGCUUCUUAUCCGGCAGUCUCGCUGGCAUGAUGAGCGUCUUCAUGACCUACCCACUGGAGGUUAUCCGGGUGCGCCUUGCGUUCGAAACAAAAGAAUCCGGCCGUAGCAGUUUAAGUUCCAUAAUCCGUAAAAUAUACGCGGAGCGCGCACCCGCCGUUUCAUCGUCACACAACACCAACAUACCCGUGGUAGCGACGGCAACCCACGUCGCCCAAAAAGUAACCCCCUCAUCCGGCCUUCCCAACUUCUUCCGCGGCUUCACGCCCACACUACUCGGAAUGAUACCAUACGCCGGUGCCUCCUUCCUCGCCCACGACUCUAUGUCAGACCUCAUGCGCAUCCCUAUCCUCGCACCCUACACCACUCUCCCCAACACUUCCCGCGAAGAAUCCUCAACCACAUCCCACAAGCCCGCGCAACUGCGCUAUUGGGCUGAGCUCUUCACCGGCGGGAUCGCAGGCUUUGUCUCGCAGACAGUGUCGUAUCCACUUGAAGUGAUCAGGCGACGAAUGCAGGUUGGUGGUGUGGUGGGUGAUGGGCGGCGACUGAGUAUUCCGGAGGUUGCCAGACGCGUUUAUGCGGAGAGGGGGUACAAGGGGUUUUUUGUGGGGUUGUCGAUUGGGUAUGUCAAGGUUGUGCCGAUGGCGGCUGUUAGCUUUUAUGCGUAUGAGAGGGGGAAGUAUUAUUUGGGGAUAUAGGUCAUGGGAUUAGAGGGACUCAGCGUCGUUUGUUUGUAUCGUAAGGGAUACUUCUCGCGUUGUUAUAAAGGGGGCCAGCUUGUAGAGCCGUAUACCUAGAUGGGAGUUCCGCGCCUACUAGAUAUGGCAGGAUAAGUACAUAGACAGGAUUAGCACAUACAUGCCACUGAAUGCAUACAUGACAAA